AUGAGUCCAACUCCGUCACCCUCUUCUUCCUCUGUUACUACUAAUCAGUCUUCGUCCAAUUCCACUCCCACGCUCCCGCCGAUCAACCCCGCUUCUGCCGCUACAUCAUCUUCUUGCGAUAUGUUUAACUUGUAUCAUCUCUGGAUUUCUUUAUUGUUCGCUUCUACCAAAGACCUUGUGGCUGCCAGUGCAUCAGCCGACAAGUUGGUUAAGGAAGAGUCGAGGACGACGCUGCUCUUGCCCAGCGAGAAUCGUACGGGCACCACUGCUGUUAUUCAACAACAUCGAGCCAGCCCGAGCUGCCCUGCUCUUAAUCCCAAGCUCAAUUACCGACCGGUGGUCGGAAUUCUUAGCCACCCUGGAGACGGCGCCUCCGGCCGGCUUAAUAAUGAUUCCAAUGCUUCUUAUAUUGCAGCUUCGUAUGUGAAAUUUGUGGAAUCCGCCGGAGCUAGAGUUAUUCCCCUUAUCUACAACGAACCUCUGGAUGUUCUAGAAGAGAAACUCAGUCUGGUGAAUGGUGUACUCUUCACUGGUGGAUGGGCUAAAAAUGGUCUCUACUAUGACAGAGUGGCAACUGUGUUUCAGAAAGUUUUGGAAAAAAAUGAUGCAGGGGACCAUUUUCCGCUAGUUGCCAUUUGCUUAGGCUUUGAACUCCUGACUAUGAUAAUUAGCAAGGACAAAAAUAUUCUUGAGCAAUUCAGUGCUGGUGAUCAAGCAUCUACUCUCCAAUUCAUGGAAAACAUAAAGCUUCAAGGCACUGUUUUCCAGAGAUUUCCUCCAGAUUUGCUGAAGAAGCUGAGUACUGAUUGCCUUGUUAUGCAGAAUCAUCAUUAUGGUAUAUCACCAGAAACUUUCAGGAAGAAUUCUGAUUUGUGCAACUUUUUUGAGAUUUUGACUACUAGUGAAGAUGAGGAUAAUAAGGUCUAUGUUUCUACAGUUAAGGCACACCACUAUCCCAUUACCGCCUUUCAGUGGCACCCAGAGAAAAAUGCAUUUGAAUGGGGUUUAUCAAGAAUUCCACACUCAGAAGAUGCAAUUCAAGUGACACAAUAUGUUGCCAAUUUCUUUAUUAGUGAGGUGAGGAAGUCCUUAAACAGGCCACCGACUCGUAAAGUGCUGGACAACCUCAUUUACAACUUCACACCAACCUAUUGUGGGAGAGCUGGGAGAGGGUAUGAUGAGGUUUACAUCUUCGCUAGACCUUCAAUGAGGGAAUGUUCAUCAGUAAAAUGUAAAUAUUGA